UGCUCAGACGGCCGGGCCUAAUCUGUAUUACAGACACUUGAUUAAGUUGUCUCCGUCUCUGACAUGCAUGUAUGUAUUUGUAAAUGGCGUUAUUUCGUUGUUGAUUAGUUAUUUCCCUGUACUUUGAUCAAUUAGAAAUAAGAAAUUAGCAUAGUUUAAUGAUUAUAACGAGUGCAUGUACACGAAUUACAUAGGAAUAUUCUAAGGCUGUCAGUGUCAUCUUGAACAAAAGGAAGGCUCCUUGGGCAAGAAAACAAUUCUCUCCAAUUUUGACAAGACACCAUUCAUCUCUGACAUCAGUGAAUCCCAAUUUAUCAGGAUGACGUUUAAAAACUGAUGGCAUCUGGGCAGCAGCAUCUUCAAAAUGAAGCCACAGAACCAUCAGAAACAAGACAGGAUGGGACUCAAAGGUUCCAAAAUCAACUGGCUUCCUUACCUGCCAACACUGAAGUGGUCACAAGUUUGUCAUCGUUUUACAAUGUACACAACUUUAUUGCUAUUCAUGCAGUAUGUGGAAAUCCACAUGGGGAAGAAUCGCCUGGAAGAACAGAUGAUGAUGAUGAUGAUGAUGAUGAUGAUGACUUUAACAGUGACCCGAAUUAUGGAUUCAGUGACUUAGCUUCCCAGGAACAUGGCAGUUAUAACAGUGGUCCCUCAAGUGACAUCAGAUUGAAUGACAAUCUGGACUUGUCACAACUGGAUGCUGGUGAUGGAGUGAUGGGAUGCAUGGGUGUAGGGAGGGGAUGCACGGGUGCAGAGUUGUGCACUUCUGGGAGAUACAACCAAGGUCCAAGCAGCUUGCCUGAGGGUGCGGAGUAUUGUAUGACAGGUGAAGCAAAUGAACAGACAGGAUUGAAGACAGCAGCUCCAUCACGUUUAGCUGAAGAACAUCGGGAGGCACAGCAGCAUCCUGCCCCAAACUGUGGCGAGUACUUUCCACUUCAAACCAACUCGUCCGGCUACAUAACAGAAGCAAUCAGCGCUGCCAAUCUAAGAGAUCAGCAGAAUAGGUUUCGUCCAAUACUGGAGGCCUUUCUUGAAUCAUUGCAAACUAACCGAAAAAAUAACCAGCAGACAACAGGGCAACAGGUGGAAGACGUUGAUGAGAUUCCAUCAACUGUGGCUACUGCCGAUCAGUCUCCAGCCCCACCCCGUAGUCAUACCCCAGCAUCUGCACUGGCUGUAGUAGUAGCAGCGGGGAGCAACAGGGAUGAAGAAGACGAUGAAGUAGCUGGGUGUGAUGGAGAGUUGAGAGAUGAUGAUGAAUUUGCUCUUAGUGAUGAAGAGUUGACCGAAGCCAUGAAGUAGCUGGGAGUAAUGAAGAGUUGGGACAAGAUAGUACAGAUUAUUAAAUGUAUGUUGUUUAAUAUUGAAAACUGAGAGUCAUAUUGAACAAGGUAUAACAAAAAAUUUCAAAUGUUAAUGAGUGAGUGAGUAAGUGAGUGAGUGAGCGAGUUUAGUUUUACGCCACUUUUAGCAAUAUUCCAGCAAUAUCACUGCAAGGGGACACCAGAUGUUAAUGAAUUGUGGUCUGUUUACCUGUAUGACAACAAUGUAAAGGUAUGUUAACCAGUUUCAUUGUAUUUUGCCCUGAUAGCAUAAGACUUCUAUACGGGUAUAGCUCAAUUUUAGUCAUGUGUGAAGCCCAUUUCUGGUGUCCCCCGCCGUGAUGUUGCUGGAAUAUUACUAAAAGCGGCGUAAAACCAAACUCAAUCAGUCAGUCAGUCAAUUUUAGUCAGGAUUUCGAAGGUAUUUUAUUCUGUGAGCAUCAUGCUUGUAUUCAGUAUUCUGGGAUAUCUGUCUUAA